AUGGUCCCUCCCGGGCUAAUCCAAAGCGAGAUCAAGAUCAGCCGUCACGAGUUUUGGGGCGACGGCCCCGUUACGGCCAGCCAACAGAAUUCGCAUUCAACCUGGUUGAGUGGAAGCGAAGAACGAAUUCUGUUAGAGUGCGGCUUCUCGUAUGCGGCCGAGCUGCAAGUGCUGAUUGAAUGGCACCACAUUGCUGCUCAGCACCUGCACGAGAGUAGAUGGCAGUGGCUGCUUGACUGA